AUGGCGUCUCUCGUGUUGCGCCGCGACCUCUCCCUGGAGGUACCGAAGCUGUUGAUUGGUGCGGUGCAGCCGUACCAGACACUCGCCGGCCCCGCGCUCACCACGUCCUUCUUGCAUCAGCCAAGCCUCCUUCCGUUCCAGGGGAUGGCCUUCUCGCACGCCGCCGUCGCACCGCUGUACUUCCACACGCUGCUGCACACCCUCGCUGAGUUUGCCGAGGCGCCGCGCGGGGUCCAGUACAGUACAGUGAAGCUGCGCCACGCCCCCAAGGCCGACUUCUGGGACUCGGUCGGCACACUGAACUGCUUCUACUACUCUGCCCACACACCGUAUGGGGCACCGGCAGAGGCCUCCGUUUUGGAGCAGCAUCCGGCUAUGGGGGCCGUGGAGCUUGUGCGCCCGGGGCACCGCAUGGAGAGCGACGUUAAGCUGACGCUCUUCAACAACUCUCACCAGCCCAUCGCGUCUAUGCUGAUGACCGGCCCGAAGGGCGAAGCGCGCGAGACCGACGAUGACGCAGUAGAGAGUAGUCAGGGCACCUCCUCCACCUCCCCUCAUGCAAGGACUGCCUUUCCGUAUGAGGCGCCGCCCACCAAGGAGACCACGUCCGCUGGCGACUGCCUCUCUGCCGUCAUGAUCGGCGGCACACGAGUAUACGGCGGCCUGUACGGUGAUCUGAUGCCCAUGGAGGGCAGUGGCGGCUUUGGGCAGCGCGCCUGUUAUAGGGUAGAAGAUGCCGCCGCGUCCUCGCCGUCCCCGGAUGCCAGAAGCCGGGUCAGCGGGACGGAGGGAGCGGGUGAAGGACCCACCGCCUCUUCGUCAACGCCCACCGUCAUGCCGCCGUGGGUGCUCUAUGACUGUGUUCAGCAAUUUUUUCUUCGGCUGCACCGCAGCGGCGUCUUCGGCGGUGAUGCGGCUAUUGCACCGACGGAGGGGUGGCGUGUCUCGGCUCACCACGUCGUACAAACCGAGGAUGCGGUCUUUGACGUUCCGGUGGAGGUGGUCUGCGCUGUGCCGCGUGUGUACCCGAGCUACAGAUUGCCGCCGUGGAGGCAUCGACUGGGACUUCCCGCCAUCCCCAACGGCGCCGCACCAUGUGUGUGUCUGCGCUGCGAGAUGCGGCAGGGUGGCCGGCUUAUUUCCACCGGUGUUUACUUCUUCACUCGGUGGUAA